AAUUUGUUUGACAGUGUCAAAAUCGUGAAUCUUUGGGUGAAUUUGAUCGUAUUUUGGGUUACGAAAAAUUAAUAAAAAUAAACAAAAAUGUACACAGAAGUGGAUGUAUUUGUCAGUAAUUACACUUUAAUUGAUCCGGAGAUAUAUCAAUUGUGGAUUGAGGGCUGUUCUUCGAGUGAGGCAGUUUCCACGUUACAUCAGAGAGGCUUUGCCAAGCAGCACGGAGCUACAGUCGAACUUAUUGCUAGCGAUGUGCUGGAUCAUUACAGGACAUUUGCUCUCUUGGAGCGGUUGCUCACGGUGCCGUCGAAGUUGUCAGAGCAGAUGAUAUUUCAAAUCGACGAGGCGUCCAAACAGAUGCUCAUUGAGAAAUAUUAUGACUUAGAUGAUGCAGUUAUUAGAGAGCUACUUGGAAGAAAAUUGUCUUCGCGUCAUAGGAAAGAUUUAGAUGAGGUAGCUGAACGCUCAGGAGCCCCGCUGCGGUGCUGCCGGCGGCAGUUCGACAACGUGCGGCGCGUGUUCAAGGCGGUCGAGGAGAUGCCCGGGAACGUCGUCGCCAAUAUACGCACCACCUUUCUGCUGCAAGAGCCGCUGGCCAAAAAGUAUGGAGCAGUAGUGUUUAUAGCGUGCAUGCGGUUUGAGACAACCAAGAGGAAGUUACAGUAUCUGUCCUUCAAUGACUUCUAUCAUUGUGCUCAGGCAAUAAUGGGUAGUUGGACAUAUAGCUGCACGGGCCCGGAGUACUAUGAUACGGAGAUGGAUAGAGAGUUCCUGUUGGAGCUCAGAGAACUCAGGAUCUUGCUGGAUAAGGAGAAGGAGCAUAAACAUUUAAUCUGCAUGCGUCUCAGACCAAAAUUAUUGGAGAAGUCCUAUCAAGAAUUGGAACUCAAUUUUAGACUAUACACUCGAGCGCUGGUCGGCUUGGCAUGUAACCUGCAUCGCGGGAGAGAGUUACGAUCCCUCUUCAUAGAUCUACUUGAAAGAUGUGUAGAGCCUCUAAGAUUGGGCUCAUGGCCAAAGACGGAUCUAGCGCAAUUUUUAUGCGCCUACGAACAGUGUGCUCUACAGAUGGAUGUGUUGAGGGAAGCAGACUUAAAAAGCGUUUGGGAGCGAUAUAUGAGAGUUAUAAGUCAAUGUUUGUUAACUAUGUAUCAUAUUUAAUACAUUUACUUAAUUAUUA